GUGUAGCCAUAUAUCAAUGAGCCUAACAAUAAAGGCCUACAAAUUAUGGAACUUGAAAAUCUUUUCAACUUGACCAUGGCUUCAGACAAAUCUGGGCUUCAGGUUGCUAUUCAUGCUAUAGGUGAUAGAGCAAAUGACUUGAUACUGGAUAUUUACGAGUCAGUUGCCUCAAAAAAUGGAAACCGGGAUCGGAGGUUUAGGAUUGAGCAUGCUCAGCAUUUGGUACCUGGAGCAGCAGAACGGUUUGUUAAACAAAAGAUCAUUGCUUCAGUACAGCCGGAUCACCUGCUAGAUGAUGCUGACUCUGCAAUCAAAAGCUUGGAUUUGAAAGGGCUCAAAAGGGAUCAUAUCUCUUUCAGUCACUUCUAUCCAGCAAUGCAGUAGUAGCACUUGGUUCUGAUUGGCCAGUUGUACCUAUCAAUCCUUUAAGUGCCAUCAGAACAGCAAUGAAAAGAAUACCCCCAGGCUGGGAAAAUCCAUGGAUUCCAUCCGAGCGUCUUUCUGUUAAUGAUGCAUUAAUCGCGCACACGAUUUCAGCUGCUAGAGCAUGCUUUCUCGACAAUAACUUAGGAUCCUUAACUCCAGGCAAACUUGCUGAUUUUGUCGUACUUUCCACCGACUCAUGGGAAGAUUUUGCCACAGAGGGGUCUGCAUCAGUAGAGGCAACUUAUCUUUCCGGUGUACAAGCUUACGGCCAAGUAAAAGCUUCCGAUUUCAAUGCAUAGAUUUUAUUUUUAGUAACUCACAUAGCAUAGGCGAAACUUAUACCCUUCGGACAUAAAACUUCAUGUAACAUAUGUAAAAGUUGAUGGCUUCCUUCUUUUUUCUUUUUUCUUUUUUCCUUUUUUUUUAAUAAAAAAUAAAUCUAUUU